ACCGGUGAUCGCAAAGUCACUACCGGUUGUCCACUUGUCCUUUCACGUUGACGUCUUGGCGCGACCCCCCCGGUUAGAAAACCAAUGUCAAAACUCGAAACUCGAAACUCGUAAGCACGAAUCAAGCCUCAACGCUUGCGGUUUAUCCUUUCAUCUUCUGCGUUUCGUUUUUCUUGCUUCCAUGGCAGCCAUUGGCGUUGCCUACUGUAGUAGUAGUGGCAAUACUGUAGUUCCUUGGUCAGGACGCUUCUUACCCUCCUCCAGAACCUUAAUUCCACUCUUCCGUAAACCUAAUUUCAGUGCGAAGCGUAGAUCUUCAAUGGCGUCCCCCUUGCAGUUGCAGGUUCAUGCAUGCUCCACGGUUGGUGCACCAAAUGAAAGAUUGGAUUUGGAGGUUUCAUCUCCUAGUUUGGUAGGGGAGAAUGAUUUGCUGAUUAUUGGACCAGGAGUACUUGGGCGCAUGGUAGCAGAACAGUGGAGGAAGGAAUAUCCAGGCUGCCAAAUUUUUGGACAGACGAUGACUACAAAUCACCAUGAUGAAUUGGUUAAAAUUGGGAUAAAUCCAUCUUUAAGAGGAACGCGAUCACCUCAGCAGUUUCCAUUUGUUAUUUUCUGUGCCCCUCCUUACCGAACUGCAGACUACCCCGGUGAUGUCAGGUUGGCUGCAUCAAACUGGAGUGGUGAAGGUUCUUUCAUAUUUACGUCAAGUAGUGCUCCAUAUGAUUGCAAUGACAAUGGAUCUUGUAAUGAGGUGUUAAAUCUACUACAACACAUUGUUUUGCUGAUGGCUAUGCAGGACUCUCCAAUAGUCCCUUUAGGAAGAAGCCCUCGAACAGAUAUUCUUUUAAAGGCAGAAAGUGUGGUGCUGGAGCUUGGUGGUUGUGUUCUUAGAUUGGCUGGGCUUUACAAAGCAGAUAGAGGUGCCCAUAACUAUUGGCUGGAGAAAGGGACUGUAGAAGUUCGUCCAGAUCACAUUCUCAAUCUUAUUCACUAUGAGGACGCAGCAUCACUCUCAAUUUCAAUCAUGAAGAAGAAACUCCGUGGUCGCAUCUUCUUAGGCUGUGACAAUAAUCCUUUAUCCAGGCAGGAAAUGAUGGAUUUGGUGAACAGUAGUGGAAAAUUCAGCAAAAAGUUUGAGGCCUUUACAGGAACUGAUGAUCCUUUAGGGAAGAGGUUAAAUAACUCAAAAACCCGUGCAGAAAUUGGAUGGGAACCAAAGUACCCAAGCUUUGCUCACUUUCUUGGAUUACCAAAGUAAGUGCAGCUUCCCUCUUUAUGUGGGAAGGCAGAAAGGAGUAUUAGCAACAGUUUGUGGUUUGUCCAAGCUUUUUUCAGUCCUUUGGACUACAUGAGAGGUGUAAAUUCUUCCUUUAUUUUCCACAAGUCCUUUCAUAUUCAAGAGGCAAGGGGAUAGGUCUUGUUAGCAUUUAUGCCAUGGGGAACAGCUUCAAAACUUGUAAUUUUUUACCCUGCAUUCCAUAUUCCUAUAAUCUGAUGUACAAAUUAUAGAGAAAAGAUUAAGGUUUCUAAAAAGAUCAGAUUGGUUAAAGUUAAUCUGAGGAUGCUCAAAAUCUUAUGUCUUUAA